AUGCACCCUAGGAAGACAGGCGACAUCUUACUUGACGACUUUGAAGACGUUGCCCCCGUUGCCCCCGUUGCACGCCCCGAUCCGACGCCCAAGGCACCGCCGCCCCCGCCGUCCCCGCCUGAAAAUGGACAUCUGCACCAGUCCCUCCGCGACUUAGACUUGUACCCCAACCACCCGCAUCACCCUCUGGAUGACCCGCUCGCCUUGCAAUCCCCACAUCCUCUCGCCACCACCGACGAACAAGAACAAGAGCACCUGUUAGGCCUGCAUCCGCAUCAACCGCAGGAUGUCUUGCUUGUAGAUCAAGAUCCUCCCAAGGAGGAGGAAGAGGAGGAGGAAGAGGAGGAGAAGGAGGAGGAGGAGGAGGAGGAGGACAUGAUCGAUCUUGUUGAAAAAGAGGAAAAGCCCGUCGUGCCACCGGCCCCUGACGAUCAAGUCAUCGAGGUUGCGCCCGAUGGAAAAGAGAUUGUCCCGCAGCUUCCGGAAAAGAAGCCGCCUUCGGGAAAGAAGCCCCCUCCAGAAAAGAACCCCCCUAGCUUGACCAACUACUACUCGCGACUGCACAGCGCCAAGGAAGAAACCACCAGAAAAAAGAUACACAUCGUCCCCAUCGGUGACAUCACCCCUCUCGAAGGCCUGCCGCCGGCCCAGGACACCGCCUUUGCGAAACGCGAGCGCCUCAAGGAAAAGAUGGCCAUGCGAAGCGCCAAGGGAAAGCAGGCCAAGCAGUCGAAGAAGGCCCAAGAGGCUCGCGAGCUUGAGAGGCGCCGAAUGCUUGCCGAGAGGAAGAAGAAAAAGGCCGCCACUUCAAAAGAGGAACCUAUCAUCCUUGACGACGAAGAAGACCGCGUUCAACCCGACGCAGAGGCCGCACCCGCCAGCGCCAUACACCCCGAGAAUGGGGAGUCUUCGACGGUCCCCGCCCAAAACUCCAGGCCGCGUAGUCCCAACCGCAUUCCUCACCACUCUCGUAAGCGACAGCGACUGCUUCGUCCCGAUGCACCGCACGCGCAGAAUGGACACGCCCCUCCUUUUCCCCAAGACCCUCCGUUUCAUUCACCUGCACCUCCGUAUGCCUGGCCACAAGGCAAACAACCACCACCCCAUGGAGCACCGAAUGGGGGGGCCCCAAACGGUUCAUACCCGUCUUCUUUUCCACCGCCUGGCCGAGACCCGGUGCCACCUUACCCUCAUGACCGCUUUCCGCAGUCGUACCCACACUAUCCCCCGCACCCACACCCACAGUACCCUCACCCUCCUCCGCCCCAAGGGCCUAUGCCGUAUGGGUCGCAUUCACAGUACCCUCCCCCUCCAUACGGAGCCCCAUAUCCGAACCAGGGCUAUCCCCCGCACGGGCAGCCACCCACAUAUCCCAUGUACAACCACCACCAGCAACAGUACGGGGCCCCGCCGUAUGGGGGGCCGGCGCAAGCACCGUUCCGCCCGCCUGCUCAGUUUGCGAAGCGAGAGCGACUCCCGGAACCCUUAUUUGCUCAAAAGCGAAAGCAGCUGUACAACACAAUUGGCGCCGAGCGAAAGGACCUGAGCCCAGACGAUGAAAGAAUAAUUGAUGAUUUCCUCGAUAAUCAGAUCUACAUGUUUCGUCCUGAGGAAGAACAAAAGGAUUUGCUGCUGGAUUUACGGCCUGGGACACGCACGAUAUUGCGGAUUCAUAAAAAUGAUGGGGUGUGGUCGGUCGUCAAGUUGCGCGACUAA